AAAUCAUCGCAAAAAAAGUCACUGGUUUGCUCAAACCGGAAAUAUCAUAUUCAACCCUGUAAAGAGUUUGUUUCAUUCAUACAAAAAUAUGGACACAAAUUUCAGUUUCCCAUUGAAUGGCACGGAUCUGACCGGUUGGAAACAGCCGUUAUACGUCCGAUGCCUUAUAAUCAUUGGCUACGGCGCCGUGUUCUUGUUGAACAUUGUUGGGAACCCGCUGGUGUGUCUGGUGGUGGCGAAGAACAAAAACAUGUGGAACGUCACCAACUUCUUCAUCGUGAAUGUGGCCUUGAGUGACUUCUUCGUGGGUGGAAUAUGCAUGCCGUUUACUCUGGUGAACAACUUGAAAUCAGGCUGGGUGUUUGGAGAGGUGAUGUGCACAAUCCUACCUAUGCUGAUGGGCAUGGCGAUAGUGGGGUCCGUGUAUACUCUAGUGGCCAUUGCUAUUGACAGGUACUUAGCUGUGAUGAAACCAACGGAUGGCAAACUGAACAAGAAGACAAUGUCAGUCAUCAUCGCGACCAUCUGGGGAAUCGCCUGUGCUGUGAUGAUUCCGUCAGCCGCAGUACAAGGACCAUGA